UUCCGGAGCGUAGGAACAGAGGAAGCUCGCGUGCUGCCGGGAAUGCAGAGUCGGGAACAUGGUGAUCACCAGGUCCGGGCUGUCUGGGACCAGGCCCCAAGUAUCGUCAGAAAGCUCCCAGCAGAAGAGUUCUGCUCUUCAAGAAAUUGGAACACAUCUGGAAAGCAAGAAAGAAUUAGGAACCGAUGCCAGAAGUACUGCUGAGAAACAAAGUUCAGUCCUCUCUAGAAAGAGGACAAGUAGAAAUACAGGCCCACCAUCAGAGAUAUCAGAACCGGCCACUGAUGCCGAGGUCUCUGAAGCAGAGUCUCAUGCUUCAGGGGUUUCUUCUGUGCUUGAGGUCCAGGAGCCCAUUAUAAGAAUAACUAGGAAGAGGAAGGUCGUAAUUGCACCUACCCCAAAGUCCAGUGUUAGGAAAAGGCAGAAAAUAGCCCCUCAACAUGAGUCUCUCGAGGAAGAAGUUGUUUCUGAAGCAGAGUCUCAUGCUUCGGGGGUUUCAAUGGUUGUACCUUCCGCAAAAAGAAGCAAAAGAAGUAAGGCUAAAUCUCAGAGAGAUUCAAGCCAAGAAUCACAGGCAGAAGCUAUAUCUGAUGGUGAGUCCUCGUGCUCAGGCAUUUCAUCAUUUGAGAUUUCACCUAGGAGAACAACCAGGAAUAUGCAGAAGGAAUUACAGUCCCAAGCUGAGAAGAAAGAUACCAAGCUUGUACCAGGAAAUAAAAAGCAAAUAAUGGGUACAUCUGUGAAUUCAGAGAACUCAGAUACUAGACAGACCUGUCAGUUACCAGUGAGACCACAUUCUCAGAUAAAUAGGCCAAAUUUUUCUAAUAAUGAAACUUAUAAUGACUUUGAUGAUUCCAUCCACAGAAAUUCAGAAAAAAAACAAACAACACAAAACCACCAAUGUUUACAUAUACAAAAAGAAAAAGAAGCCAGUGUUGAGUCUCUUACAGAAAUCAGGAAGGAGAACUGUAACAACCUGGAUGAAGAGGACACCAAAAUGACAGAAGAAGAAGAAAUUAAUGAGAAACGUUCCCCAUUGAAUCUUUCUGAAGUUCAAGACACCAGCCUUCAGCAGUCAGUUUCUCAAAAUCAUUCAAGCAUCCUAAAUAGUGAAGCCAUGUCGAAGCCUUCAAGUCCAAAUCAUGGGGCUCUAAUAAAAUCAUUAGAGUACAAGUUUGCAGUUGUGAAGAUAGAAAGGUUGAAUGAAGAAAGAGCGGGCAGCCUUAAAAGGAGUGACUUGACCCAACUCAGUGAUCGUGGUUACCGUAAUAAGCCUGCAAGUGUAGAUGUCAGUGAAAACAACAGCCGCCAAAGUGAUGUGGGUCUUGAAUGUGAUACCAAAGCAUGCAAGUCUGAACUCAGUGUGUCUCAGGAUAUGGAUAGUUCUGUUUUAUUAUUUCUUAGCAGUGAUGAAAGCCAGCAGUCUGAAAACAGUGAGAAUGAAAAAGACACUGUGUGUUCUGUUGAAAACAGUGGCCAGGAGGAGUCAGCACGUGGAGACUUGGAAGACACAGCGUGUGGUGGUGCGCUGUUUGUAAUUGACAGAACUCCUGGACUGAGUGCCGAUAAAAAUUUCUACCUGGAAGACAAGGCCCCCAGUGAGGUUGCUAUUGAGGAAGAAGAAAAGGAGGAGGAAGAUGAAAACAGUGAAGAAGAAUCAUCAGACAGUGAUGAAAAUAAAGAUGAGUCCAGUGAUGAGGAAGACUUACUGAGUAACACCAAGUCGAAGCUUCUGAAGUUGACAAGUAGCAGCAUAGAUCCUGGACUAAAUAUCAAGCAGUUGGGUGGUUUGUAUAUUAAUUUCAAUGUAGACAAACCGAAGCCUCACAAGAAAACCCUAACACAGAUCAAGGAGAAAAAGAAAAACGAGCUUCUGCAGAAAGCUGUCAUUACACCUGAUUUUGAAAAGAACUAUUGUAUCCCACCAUAUAGUGAAUCGAAGCAUCAACUUCAGAAACAGCGCAGGAAAGAGCGCCAAAAAACAGCUGGUAAUGGUUGGUUUGGCAUGAAAGCUCCAGAACUGACAGAUGAACUGAAAAAUGAUCUCAAAGCAUUGAAGAUGAGAGCAAGCAUGGACCCAAAAAGGUUUUACAAGAAAAAUGACAGAGAUGGUUUCCCUAAGUACUUCCAGGUUGGAACCAUCGUAGAUAACCCAGCUGACUUCUACCAUUCAAGAGUUCCCAAGAAGCAAAGGAAGAAGACUAUUGUGGAAGAGCUGCUGGCUGAUUCUGAGUUCAGGAGAUUUAACCGAAGGAAGUAUUCGGAAAUCAUGGCUGAAAAAGCAGCAAAUGCAGCAGGAAAGAAGUUUCGGAAAAAGAAGAAAUUUCGAAAUUAAAAUCCACAAAGCAAACCAGAGCAUUUUAUAGAUCCCCUUUAUUUGCUGAAGGUCAUCACAUAAUUUAUAUAAAUAAUAUAUAAAUAAAUAAAUAAAUAGUGAUUUCUGUUUGGAAAUAAA